CUGGCUUGGCCAUUGACGGUAAAAAACACACAAAACAAUAUCUUAUUUUUUUUUUGGGUUAGUUAGCGAAUGAUCCCGGUAAACAUUUGGUAUUUAAUAACAAAUAAACAUUCUAAAUUAAAAGGGACAUUAUUAAAAUGCAGUCUCCAACUAAUCAGUCCAAGCAAUCACCAUCACCAGGUUUAAAACAAUUUAAAGUUGAUAAUUGGAGUUCAUAUUUUCUUCAACGACUUCAAGUACUUUAUUCUGAAGAUGAAUUACUUGAUUUAACAAUUAAAUUUCCUACUAGUGAAUUUACAAUUCAGGCUCAUCGUCUUGUUGUCACAACAUGUACUGAUUAUUUUGUACAACUUGAACGUAUGCAAAAAAAAAUUGAAAAUUUUAAUGGAAUACUCAUGAUGCCACCAGAUAUGCCCUAUGAAUGUGUCAAAGCAAUAAUAAGUUUCAUGUAUACAGGACAACUUGAAUACUGGACAUCUGAACAAACAGCACUUUAUAAAACAGCUGAAAAAAUGAAUAUGACUGUAUUAACAAAGCUACUUGAUGCACAAUCAUCAACACCAGUAACUCAAUCAUCAUUAUCAUCACCACCACCAUCAUCAUCAUCACCAUCAUCAACUGUUAAUGAAGAAAAACAAAUGUCAUUAGGUCAACAAUCAUUAAAUUCAUAUAAAAAAACAAAUCAAGAAUUACCAUUAACACCAUUACCAGGAAGAAAACUUCCAAUAUGGCGUAGAAAAAUUGAUACACCAUCAUCAACAUCAACGUCAUCACCAUCAUCAUCAAUGAAUAAUUCAUUAAAUUAUGGAAAACGUAAAUAUCAAUCAACAUCUGGUCCAUCACGUUUUGAACUUCCUGAUGUUGAUGAUAUGACACUUGGUGUAUUUUCAUCAUUUGAUGAUAUAACAUAUAAUACAAAACCAAUAGUUAAAGCAGAAAAAAAUAAUAGAGAUGAUGAUAGUAAUAAUCAUACAUCAUAUAAUCGUUCAUUAAAUAUUGAUACAUCUAAAAAUGAUACAACUGAAGAUGAAGAUGAUGAUAUGAAAACUAUUAAACAAUGGGAUAAUGAUAAUAAUUCUGAUGAUGAUUGGUCUGGACCAAAAGGUAUAUUACGUGAUCCAGUUGAUGGACAACAAACACCAUCAAAACGUGUACGUUUUGAACUUGAAGAAAAAGAAAAUCUUGAAAAACAAGAAAAAAAUACAAAUGAUUCAAUGAAUAAUCAUGCUAAAAUAGUACGUGAAGUAUUAAAAAAAUAUCCUCAUUUAGUUAAAAAUCAUCAAAAUAUACGUUUAAAAAUAAUGCAAAAAGAUAAUAAAUCAAAUGAUACAAAUACACCAAGUAAAACAAAAGUAUCAUAUGUUGUAUUAAAAUCAGAUCAUUUAAUGGGUGAUAAUAAUGAUGAUACACAAAUAAAUAGAACACAAACAUCAGAGAAUGGUGAAAAUGGUAUAUGGAAAUGUCCAAAAUGUGAUGAUAUAUCACAAGAAUAUACAAAAUAUUAUAUGUAUAGACGUCAUAUGCAAGAUGUACAUGAUGAAAAAUUUGAUCCACGUAUAUGUGAACAAUGUGGUUAUAAAGCAACUAAAAGAAAUAUAUUAAUGUAUCAUAUGUAUACUAAACACAAUAUACAGCCACCAAAAAAUAUGUCAUUUCCAAAAUGUCAUGCAUGUAAUUAUGUUGCAUUAUCUGAUACAUUAUUAGCACGUCAUCAAAUUAGUCAAAAUCAUCGUCAAACAUCAAAAACAUCACGUGAUCAAAUACAAUGUGUUGAUUGUCCUUUAAAAUUUACUGAUAUUAAUGAUUUAGCAAGUCAUGAAAUAAGUUCUGGACAUGGUAAAGUUACAAAUAGUAAAGAACAUCGUGGUUAUCGUUGUUCAAAAUGUUCAAAAUGUUUUGUACGUCCAGUUAAUUUACAAACACAUAUUGAAACAAUGCAUAAAAAUACAAAUGAUAAUGAAGAUUUGGAAUUGCCAAUAUUUCGUACAACACUUGAACCAUCAUCUGAAGCUGAAGCAUUAAGUACUGUUGCUAGUGGUAUUGCAGCAUCACUUGGUGUUGAUAAUAAUGAUGAUGUUGUUAAUAAUACAAUUAUAAUUGAUAAUAAUCAACAACAACCACAAAUUGUUGCAACAAGUGAUGGUGAUUAUUUAGUACCAGAAAUUGAUAUUAAUCAAUUAACACAAGAGGCAAAUUUUAAUGGACAAAUGAUAUAUCUUAUUGAUGAUAAUACAUAUCAACAACAACAAGUACAACAAUUACAAUUACAACAUCAACAACCACAACAAUUAGAAUUAUCAAGUAAUGAACAAAUUGUUAUGCAAGGUACUGAUGAUGGUAUGCUUGUUUAUAUUGCUGGUAAUGAUGAUAAUAAUCAACAACAAAAUGAUAAUCAAAUAUAUCAAACUUAUGAGAUAGAACAAAAUGAUAAUCAAAUAACUGAAGAAGAAGAAGAAAUUUUUGAAGAAGAAGAAGAAGUUGUAGAAGAAGUUGAAGAAGUUGUUGAAGAAAUUGUAGAAGAAAUUAAUGAUACAAUUGACAAUAAUAGUCAGCAGCAUGAUGAUGAUGAUGAUGAUGAUGAUAAUGGUGGUAAUAUUGAUGAAAAUAUUGAGCGUGAAAUACAGUAUGUUGAAGAAACUGAAAUUGUUGAGUAUGAUGAUGAACAAGUUAACAAUGAACAAAAUCAAAAUGAACAAGAUUCAACAACAAUUAUUGAAGAGGAACAAAUUGAUAAUCAGGAUGACAAAACGACAGAAGAAACUAGUGCUUUUGCUGCUGAAUGGGAUGAAAGUAGCGAGGAAGUUCAUCAAUCGUGAAUAUCUUUUAUUUUUAAAUGAUUGUUUUUUUUCUUAAUACAAUUUCCCAAGUGUUGGAAUUUAGAAAUAAAAAAAAAAAAUAUACAUAAUACUAUAUAAAGAUAUAUUUAUAUCUAUUAUACAUAAAAUUUAUUAAUCAGUUUUUUUUUCUUUUUAUUAUUUUUCGUGAAUUUUUUAAAAAAUUUUCCAAGAACGCAAUUUGUAAGUUUGUAUAAUUGGACAGUUUUUGACAUAAUAAAUUGAAUAAAAAUAAUAAAUUUUAUCUCAAUUAUUGAUAACAUAAUAACAUUAUCGAUGAUUUAUUCUUUUAAAUUAAUUUUUUUUUUAUAAUAAAUAUGGUUAUUAUUUAUUGAUUGAAAUUGUAAUCAUUUUUUAAUUUAUAUUUUUCAAAAAAUUGAGCUUCAUUCAAUUUAACAAUGAUUUUAGUAUUCAGUCAUGAUAUAUUGAUCGACUUUUUUUUUUUUUUCCAUAUAAUUUUCAAAUAAUUUAUCUAACUAAAAAAAAAUACGUAAAAAAAUUUUUACUUUGAAUUAAUUAUAAAUAUAAAAAAAAAAAAAACUUAAACUGUUAAUUUAGUAAAAAUCAAAAUUUACAAAUAAACAAGAUUUAAAACAAAAAAAAAAAACAUUAACAAAUUAUUCUAUAAAACAAUUGUAUAAUUUUAUUUCAUUAUGAGGUCAAAUAAUAUUUUGUGCACUGAAUAAAUAUAUAUAUUUAAUCUAUAUUACA